GGGGGGGUUACAGCCGCCGUGGCUUUUAUUUUAAUGGCCUGACAGGUGCCCGCGAUAACGGUGGUGGUAGUGGUGGUAGGAGUAGGAGGAGGAGGACUAUCUCAGUAGUUCUUGACGUCUCUCGCCGGCUUCCCUCCGCGAUGUACGCCAAGGGGAAGUCGGCCGUGGUGCCGUCAGACACUCAAGCAAGAGAAAAGCUUGCUCUGUACGUGUACGAGUACUUGCUUCACGUUGGCGCUCAGAAGUCGGCACAAACGUUUCUGUCGGAGAUACGGUGGGAAAAAAAUAUAACUCUGGGGGAGCCUCCUGGCUUCCUGCACUCAUGGUGGUGUGUCUUCUGGGACCUGUACUGCGCUGCCCCGGAGAGACGCGAAACGUGUGACCACUCGAGUGAAGCCAAGGCCUUUCACGAUUACAGCGCAGCGGCGGCGGCCGCGGCAGCGGCCCAGAGCCCAGUGCUGGGAAACCUUCCCCCAAAUGACGGCAUGCCCAGCGGACCGCUGCCGCCAGGCUUCUUCCCGGGCCCCCCAGGCUCACAGAUGUCUCCACACGGGCACCCGGCUCCUCCCCACACUCCCAACAACCCCAUAAUGGGACCGCACGGACAACCGUUCAUGUCUCCUCGGUACCCAGGAGGACCCAGAGCACACCACAGGAUGCCUGGUCAACCUCCAGGUGCUGUCGCAGGCCCGCAGACUCUCCUUCCCAACAACAUGGACCCCAUCAGGAACCCAGGUCACCCUGUGAUGGGAGGCCCCCUGCAAAGGAUUGGAGGGCCACGUGGGAUGGGACCGAUGGGGCCUCAGGGUUACGGACCAGGAAUGAGGCCUCCUCACAAUUCGUUGGGAGGCCCUGGGAUGCCAGGACUUCCCUUAGUCCCAGGUGGUCGACCGUGGCCCAACCCAAACUCAAUUCCUUAUUCUGUGCCCUCACCUGGAAACUACGGGGGUCCCCCUGGCAGUGGCCCACCAGGAACUCCCAUCAUGCCCAGCCCAGGAGAUUCUAACUCGAGCGACAUGUACACCAUGAUGAAUCCCGUGCAGCCAGGGAAUCGGCCAAACUUCCCCAUUGGUCCCGGCCCGGAGGGGCCGAUGGGCUCCAUGCCUGGAAUGGGCCCCAUGGAACCCCAUCACAUGAACGGCUCCAUAGGUUCUGGUGAAAUGGAUGGAAUUCCCAAGAACUCGCCAAACAACCUCAGCAACCAGCCCGGGACGCCACGGGAAGAGGGUGAGAUCCCUGCGGGAUUCCUCAACGCCUUUCAGAACGACGGAGACCAGAAUGAGUCGGCUGCUAUUUUGAAAAUCAAGGAGAGCAUGCAGGAGGAGGCGAAGAGAUUUGAAAAGGAGCCCGGAGACCACGCAGACUUCACCUUCAUGCAAUAAACAAAACAGAUCUACAUAUAUAUAUACAUACACACACAAACGGGAAACAGAGAAAACACACACAACACGCAGAAGAUAACAAAUGUAUGGACCAAGGCGUUCACAGGCCUGUGUGCGCGAGGCGCUCAAGGGAGCGCGUGUGUUCGUGUCAUCUCUGUGGGCAGCACUAGUCUGUCUAGUCUUGAGGUGGGUAAACGUUCCCGAUUCACGAAGGGACUUUUACCACAGAAAAUACAAAAAAAAAACCCCUGAACUCGUUCGCUGCAUUUAACGCAACGUUCUUAAUCCGAGUAAAUGUUUUUUUUUAUUUUUUCGUGAGUGUUUCAGUAACGAUUUGCCUUGCAGCUUCGUGUCUUCGAUGGAGUAUAUAACAGGAAAUACAUACAUAUAUAUUUUUGUUGUUGUUUUCGUGGGGAGAAAGUGGGUGCAGUGUACGUUAUCGUCCAACGUGGGGAGGGACAGAAUCGUAACGGAGAUGGUUUUGACGUAGGGGAGCCAAACCCAGGCACUGUUGUUGUCCUCCGUUAUCCUUCAUGCGCAAGGGACGCUGUGUAGUUGGCACUGUACAUUUUUUUACGUGAAAAAAAAAACGAUGGGACGGUUAUCGAUGGAUUGUUUUACGUCCACCAAACGUUUGCAAACAACUGUGUGAUGUUGUUAUCGUCAAUUUCUUCCCUUUGUGGUAUCGGAGAACGUAAGAUGUACUUUGUGUACAUUUGGUACGUACAUGUGGAUUUGUGCGUAUGUAUUUGUGUGUGUGUGCGCGCGUGUACCUCUGUGUGUAUACGUGUGUGUAUGCAUGUAUGAGGCUAAGAAUUUAUAUCUAUCUCAAAACAUGUUUCCAUUUCCACACAGUUUAUCCCAAAGCUUUAUUAGCAGCUCCCUUCCAUUUGAUUAUGAAACACGUGGGUUGUUUAGUUUUUUUAUUUAUUAAUCACGUUUUAAAUGUGCUUAUGAACGUUGGGCUCAAUCUGUGAUCACAACAAUUGAUUCCGAGAGGUUUCAUUGCCCUCUCUACCUCGAGCGUGAUGGCUUAUGGUGUCUAAUCCACGAGGCCUUUUUUUGUGUGUGGGAACGUUGAAUUUGACCACCAGUGUUUCUACAGUGAUGUUAAAGGUCUUAGUCUCUGUUGUGUACUCAUCGAAUACUGCACACUCUGGACAAGAGAUGUACAUCGGGUUGCACAUCGUAAACGUGGAAUAUCCCCACGGAGCAGAGGGCAUGCGCAUGCACAGCGGCCUAAUUUGGCCACAAGACAAAUGACCGCACCUUCCAGGCAGAUUUUAAGCCAGAAUAAUGUUUAUAUUAUUUAUUUUUAGUGAUAAAUAUAUAUAGGGCAUCUGUUUUUGUUAUUUCGUUCCAUUUUCACUCUUGGCGUCCUAUCAUGAAAUGUAGUGUCCGUUCGGAACUCAUGCAGAGCAAUCGAAUGUCCCGUGGAAGGUGAUAUCACAAAACGACUACAGAGGUCUUAUAAAGUGACCUCUGAUCAACACCAGGGACGCAGCACUCCCCCCUCCACCCUCAUUGUAUGAUAGUCAACCAGACAUUGUUAUUAUAUUUGGCAAAUCACGUGAAAAUACACAUAGCAUAUAUUGCUUAUUUUGUGUGCAGUCAUUGAAGUUAGGGGCUGAGACCAUCGACUCACAACAGUUGAGAACCUGGCUUGGAUUCGAACCCAGGCGCGUGGUGGUGUGAGCCACAGUGCCCUGACCUCUGCGCCACCCGGGCCGGCCACUGAGGUGGCUGCCUCGUAGGGCCACUGUUGUGUUGUGCUGCCCGUGCGCACAAUUUGUGUUGUGUUGUGCUGCCCGUGCCCACAAUUUGGCCAAGAAGGUGUCGCCGGUUGUUCGUGCCGUUGAGCGGUGUGACCGUAAUAUCUCUCGCCCCGGUGUGUGCAUUAUUUAAUAUCGGGUUGGUGGGGAUUUUCACCAGCAGCAGAGAGAGACGUUUUGGUUGGCCAAUUCGACCAGGUUUUGAAAUAAAUACGAAAACAUUGCUGUGGUACGUUCACCUUCUGCAAGGUGGACCCUAGUCCUGCGUCCACGUUGUUGGAAGUGCUGGAGAGUGGAAUUGGAACGCGGGGGUAUAAACACGGGCGAGGUGCUGCUCUGCGUUAUUCCGCGGUGAAUUGGUCGGCACCUUGAGCUGCUGCGCCGUGAAAUGUGGCGACAGUUUUAGUUCCAAGUGAAAGGUUCCAACAAUCUGCCAAGCUGUGUACAGCAGAAGGACUUAUCAUUUAUUUUUGUUGAUAAUAGGCAAUAGCUUGCUUUAGGAAGUUCACUUAAAAUGUAACUAAGUUGUUGAGCGUGCGUCAUUGUCGACUUAUGUAAUUGAGCUUUGCUGAAUGUUUUUGUUGUAUAGUUUCGAUCGAUAAUUGGAUAGUCGACAUCACAAGUUUGUUCACACUUAAGAAGCCACUUUUUUCCGACAGCAGGUCCUACAAACCAAAUCCAGAAACGCAGUCCGUGAUGGCACGCGGUAAUUCCACCCAACAUUUACGAGUAUACGACUGGCAUUUUAAUAAUAUUUGUAACAGCGGCCGAGCUCGCUUCAGAUACCACAACUCUUAUCAAAGGGAAAACUAUGAGGCCCUAUUUUUAAUUUAAUGACAUUCUCAGUAUACUGUAUCGACAUGAAGUACUGCAUACCGUAUUUGAAGCUGUCAAAACAUUGUAAAAGAAUGGUAUUAGCCAUACCCAUCGAUUCACACAUUUCACAUUAUCAUAGUAUUGUAGGCAGUGACUUGAGUAGUAUUACAGAUAUUCUGUUGUACGGUUCAUUGCGGAAUUGCAAAAUAUCUUUAGUUUGGACCACCCUCGAACAAUGCAUUUUUAGCGCUCCUGUUGUCCGCCGUGAUGUGGGAGACACAUCGCAAGCCCCUACUAUUAUUAUUAUUAUUAUCCGCAAGGUUAUCCGCGAAUUUGCUGCACUUAUUUGUGGAGAGAGAAAAAAAUCACGGAUAACAGGAUGAAUAGACACACGGUUAGUAAGAGUUUUGGCGGACCCUACAGCUCCCGGGGAUAAUUGGAGUCGCGUGUGAUAGGGUCACGGAUAAGAGGAGCACUGCUGUUUACCACAGUAUACCACGGUAUGCACACAUUGUGGAAGUGUGUUUGUGAGGGGCGGUUAAAAUGUUUUGAUAACCAGUUACGGUACUUAGAUUUGAAAAAAAUGUCACAUCAACACAAUACCAAGCCGUUAAUCGAAGCCUAAUUAAAAUAGGAAUGCUAUUCAACGAUCACUGUAUGGGCCAGUAUGUUAGCCUGGGUUGUCUAAUUCUCGCUGUCACACACACGUCAACUUCAAUAUCCUCUUCCCAAAAUGUUUUGUCCGUUCGUGGUUUGUAAAGUGUACAUAUAAUGUUGAUUUGUCGCUCUCAUUGAAUCGUUUUGCUGAUAUCCUUACUCUAGAUAAUGAUGAUUUCAGGAAUAGUACAAUUUCUGAUAUGCAUUUUAUUCAAAAGUAUUAAAGACAGAUUUUUGAAGGUUGAUUUCGGUGAUAAAUUAUCGGCUCGGUUAAUAUAAACGAUGAAAGCGGUUCGAACCAAACUAUGAAUUUCAUGCAAAUUAAAGUUACGAUCACUAAUUUAAGAUAGUUUCUACCAUUGAUAAGUCAUAAAAUCACUUCAGUUAUUUAACGUAUUAAUUAAUUUGCUGUUAUACGACGCUGUAAUUGUUAGAAUUGUUUUGUUCAGUGUCUGUUUAAUUCUUGGUAUAUAUUUUUUUAAAUUUAUUUGCUGAUUGAAUUUCCAUGGCCGUUAUGAAUAUAUAAUUCGUAAUACAGUCAAUCUGUUCUGACCAACGGUAUCAGUCCACUUGCCUUUAGGUUGGUUGCUUUGCUCUGUCAAUAUUCGAUGAGGUAAUGGUUAUUAACCACAGCAAUAUUACGAAAAAGUCGUUUACUCCAAUGGCAAAAGCACAACGCGUUAUUUUUCUAAUAUAAUUUUAUGACACCAGCACACUGAGUUUGUAGUUAUAUUUAAUUGUGCUUGCCAACAUUGUAAUUUAUUAAGUUAUUGUCUAAUCGAGCUAACGUCUUUAACACGUCGCAUUAAACCAAGACAUUAGCAGGGCUGUCCGAACUGCGCUUCGCUUCCCCGUGUAGUCGACUUGCUCUCUGCAGCGGUGCACCCAGAAGCCACGGAGAGCAAAGGCCAAUUGCAUUCAGUGGCACGAGGGCUGAGGGGCAAGGCCCUCUGGUGUGCAUGGGGGGGUGACAGCCUUUUUAUUAAUUUGUGUAUGCUCACCGCGCUUUCGCCGCAAAAUCGAGGGUGUAACGAUGGCAAGAUUCGUCAAUGGAAAUUGAUCCUCAUCCCCGUGAUCCACUCUCACUGUGAGUGAUCAUUUUAAUAGAUCCUAUUCGGUUUGUAUACGGUUUGUGCAGUGGGUUAAUGUGGCCUCAGCAGCCACCAGAGGCGCUAUGCGUUCGACCGCAUCGUAGAGACAAGCAAAAUCGUGGAUUCGUUCGUGGGAAUCCCAACACAGCAAUGUCGAGCUGCGACAUAGGAGAGAAAAUGACAUUUUGUAUUUCCGUCAUGUGUGAGUACACCUCUGGCAAACCAAACACUUACUAACUCACAAAAGGUCAUUGAUAACGCUGAGAAGCAUGAGCUUGUCGAGCGCAGUUGUAAUAAGCGAAGUGAGUAAAGUGUUACAUUUAUGGUUGAGCCAACUAUGAUGACGAUGCAAUCAAAUCUGCUUGUCACGUGAGUCUAUGGAGUCAGAGUUGCGGGUCUUCUCUUUGAAAGGCGUUCGUCAAGUUUGUAUAGGGACCCCCCACCCACCCACCCAACCGUACUAAUGCACAGUAUUUUAAAAUAUCUUAUAGCAUCAAGCUCCUGAGGGUUAUUCUUCUAAUGAGCGCCAUUUGGGUCAACGUUUUGGCGAGUACCUUAAAAGGGAGUGACGAAAAUCUGAUGGGCCAAAGGCUCCCAAUUUUAUUCAAACGGAUGGCUGCAUGGCCAGUGGCCUGGCCAUUGAUUUACAACUGGGUUGUAUUUGAGCCGGAACGUGUCUGUGCCCAGCUAUGAAAUCCCAGACGUGUGGGGGUUUUUUUUUACAACGUGAGUGUUGACAUCUAGUGCUUGUGAUAUGACGGCGAUUCAACACGUUGUUGCGGCUCUACAUUGAAUUAUUUCACAGGCUCUUCAAAAUUGUUUUUGAAUUGGCACUCAAGAUUUGUGGGGGGGGGUUUUUUUUAACAAAGGGGUGGAGUGAAUGUGAUGUUAUAUAAAAUUCAUAUUCUAAUCAAAAGGAGUGUUUUAUUUAUUGGUUCCGGUUAGAUCAGUGUAAAAUAAACAAAGUGUUUUUGCCGUCGGAGUAUCCCUUUUGGGCACUGUCGUUUUAUUAUUCAACUUUUUUUUUGCCCCAAAUGGAAAUGUAAAAGCCUCAUUUCCACGCACACACCAUCACAUUGAAAGACAAAUUGCAAUGAGCCCGAAUUAACUCUUAAACGGCACUUUGGACCAUCGUGAAAAAAAAUCCGUUUUCUUUGUAAACUGAAGAUCGCGUUUCAUUACAGCAUCUGAACAUUGGAAUCCGGUGCAUAGAUAACACGGAAGAGUGAUUUUCUUGCCAUCAUGGUCCAUGCCUGUGUGGAUAAGGCACGGGUAGCUAUAGCAAAGAACCACAACAUUCCUUCAGUUGUAUUCUCCUAAAAGUCGCUCGGAGCAGCGUUUGGCCACCACUGUAAUUGCACAUCCAACGGCCUAAGGCGCAAUUCCUAAACGCGUUGGUGAUAAUGCUGGAAGAAGGUGGAGUAUUAAGUAACUUAGUUGGUGAUAAUGAUGAAAGUAGGUGGAGUCUUAAGUAACUUAGUGAUAAUGCUGGAAGAAGGUGGAGUCUUAAGUAACUUAAUUGGUGAUAAUGCUGGAAGAAGGUGGAGUCUUAAGUAACUUAGUUGGUGAUAAUGCUGGAAGAAGGUGGAGUAUUAAGUAACUUAGUUGGUGAUAAUGAUGAAAGAAGGUGGAGUCUUAAGUAACUUAGUUGGUGAUAAUGCUGAAAGGUGGAGUCUUAAGUAACUUAGUUGGUGAUAAUGCUGGAAGAAGGUGGAGUCUUAAGUAACUUAGUUGGUGAUAAUGCUGGAAGGUGGAGUCUUAAGUAACUUAGUUGGUGAUAAUGAUGAAAGAAGGUGGAGUCUUAAGUAACUUAGUUGGUGAUAAUGUUGGAAGAAGGUGGAGUCUCAAGUAACUUAGUUGGUGAUAAUGUUGGAAGAAGGUGGAGUCUUAAGUAACUUAGUUGGUGAUAAUGCUGGAAGAAGGUGGAGUAUUAAGUAACUUAGUUGGUGAUAAUGAUGAAAGAAGGUGGAGUCUUAAGUAACUUAGUUGGUGAUAAUGUUGGAAGAAGGUGGAGUCUCAAGUAACUUAGUUGGUGAUAAUGUUGGAAGAAGGUGGAGUCUUAAGUAACUUAGUUGGUGAUAAUGUUGGAAGAAGGUGGAGUCUUAAGUAACUUAGUUGGUGAUAAUGCUGAAAGAAGGUGGAGUCUUAAGUAACUUAGUUGGUGAUAAUGCUGGAAGAAGGUCGAGUCUUAAGUAACUUAGUGAUAAUGCUAUAAAAAGGUGGAGUCUUAAGUACCUUAGUUGGUGAUAAUGCUGGAAGAAGGUGGAAUCUUAAGUAACUUAUUUGGUGAUAAUGCUGGAAGAAUGUGGAGUCUUAAGUAACUUAGUUGGUGAUAAUGAUGAAAGAAGGUGGAGUCUUAAGUAACUUAGUUGGUGAUAAUGUUGGAAGAAGGUGGAGUCUUAAGUAACUUAGUUGGUGAUAAUGAUGAAAGAAGGUGGAGUCUUAAGUAACUUAGUUGGUGAUAAUGUUGGAAGAAGGUGGAGUAUUAAGUAACUUAGUGGUAAUGCUAUAAGAAGGUGGAGUCUUAAGUAACUUAGUUGGUGAUAAUGCUGGAAGAAGGUGGAGUCUUGAGUAACUUAGUUGGUGAUAAUGCUGGAAGAAGGUGGAGUCUUAAGUAACUUAGUUGGUGAUAAUGCUGAAAGAAGGUGGAGUCUUAAGUAACUUAGUUGGUGAUAAUGCUGGAAGAAAGUGGAGUCUUAAGUAACUUAGUGAUAAUGCUAUAAGAAGGUGGAGUCUUAAAUAACUUAGUUGGUGAUAAUGCUGGAUGAAGGACCUGGAUCCAUGGACUCGGCGAGGCUGACUUCCCAACAUUACCAUCCUCGCAUGGGCAGUGUUCUCGUGAACGAAUCGGCCAGUGGCUAUUGGUUCCAUGUGAACAGUGGAGAGAAUGACUCUCAUCCCAGAUGUGUAGUGGUUUGGUCAUGGGCACGCAAGUGCAAAUGCACAGCUGUCAACCCAUACGAUUUUCCCGUUUUCUUGUACAGGGAAAUUUAGUUUUCACGUCCAUACAGCGUACAGCCGUUUCAAUACAGGCAACAUUUUUUUAGAUUAAUAAGGGCACGGGGUGACCAAUCAAGUCUGAAUUGGUUUGUAAUAAGAUAGGCGCUGAUAAGGUGGUUGACAGGUAUGCAAAUGCCACGAUAUAAUAUAGGUCUGGGAAGCCAAAAGGCUGGUGGACUAAAAUGUACUUUUAUUUGAACGUGGAGACAAUGAAGUUCUGUCAAUAUAUACCGGCAUCUAUAAUUUAUCCUCCACAACAAGGCACACUGAUAUUCUUGGUUCUUUCGGUAAAGUCACGUAGAAAGGAAACAAUUAAAUAAUAAGCAUAAGGUAUAUAAAAUAAUAAUUUUGUAUUAUUUUGUUUCCCUUCUACGUGACUUUACCGAAAGAACCAAGAAUAUGAAUCCCUGCAGUCACGAAAGCUUUAAAUCAAAAGGCACACUGAGUUAUGUUAACGUGUGCUUUAUGCAACAGUCCACGUUUUCUGUUUCCUUCUGUUGGCAUGUGUAGGACACGUCUUGUGUUGGGUAACUACAGUAAAUGCUUUGAAAUCCCACUCACUCUUAGCCCACAUUUAUCGUGAGUUCCAUAACGUAAUUGUGUGCACAUGGAAAUGAGGCUCUACAACCCCAACGUAACUGUUAUCGUAAUCUGCUUGCCAAUAUUUGCAGUGCUCUUGAAUUUGGGCCACGUUUCAGCAUUGGUCAUGGUGACAUUUAACUUUAAGGCCGAUUGAUAUGUCGUCACUGUCUUGAAAUGUUUCUAGUAUAAUGCAGGAUUUAAUUUUACAAAAAUAAUAAAACGUGUGUCGUGAUGUAACACACCCAAGCAUUCCUACAUCAGGUGAUGAGUGUAUAGUGGUGGGGUAUCUGCGGCCAAGUCCCUGUUGUUUCUUAAAAUGCUUUUUAUUUCUCUCAAUUAUUAUGCAUUCUGACUCUUCUCGCCUUCCCCCACCAUUGCAAAUGGAGACAUUAAGCUGUUACCUGCAGUUGCCACUCCUUAAAGACAUGAUUGUAAAUGGAGACAUUUGUACUGUGGACAGUUUCUAACGGUUGGUAUUCACAGUUCUUUGGUCAGUGUUGCUCGAACUUAGAACCACGAGCUUAGCCUUGUGGGCUUCGGCAGACAACUUCAUGGAAGCGUCGCGUCCGUCAUGAACGUGGCUCGGUGUUUAAACAAAAUAAUCAAACGAACGGCCCCGUAACGUCAAACCACAGUCAUUCAAUCGGCUCUGCCAUUGCAAAUUCUCACCGCUUAUUCAAGCCCACACGAAUAUUUUGGGCGAUACCAUUUAUAGAUAUCCCACUAAAAAUAAAGUGAGAAAUCAUAAAGGAACAACGCUUUAAUUUACAAGUCUCGACAAUGUAUUCAACCAAUAACAACAUAAUUAUCGGCUGUUAUCCCCCCCCACCCUCCUUUGUAAAGGUCGCUGUUCACGGCAUUCAGUCGCUUGUCGAGUGGAGAGUUAUGUGCUCGUUCCGUGUCAGUGGGGUAUCUGUACGUCGAGCACCCUGGACAUUGCUACUUUGAACUUCACCACAAUGGCCUCUCCGUGAUGACCCUGGGAUGAUUUACUCUGAAGUGAAACAAUAUCAUGAACUGUUGAUGAAAAACAAGCUGUCUUAGCUUCCAUCGGUGUUUCAAAAUUCUUUAAGCGUCCUGUAUUUUGAAUAAAUGUGUAGACAUGAGUUACUGUAUCAGACGGUUAAUGACACUGAACAUUUGAUAUUAUAAUUAAAUAAUAGCCAUUGAUUAAACUAAUAACCCUUGCAUGCCUUUUUAUGUUCUAAAGAUGAAGCCAUUUCUUAAGAUAAAACGAAAAUGAAAAAAACCACUACGAUAUUUGAAGGGUUAUAGUGUAAAGGUUUGGAAAUGUCGCGUGAUAACAUGGUGACUGUGUUUUAAAAGUACGAAGUUUCAGUGGCUUGUUUUUAUAUAAAGAAAGGGUAAGAAUAAAACAUAAGGUAUAAAGAAUGAGAAAAGAAAAAUGUAUUUGCCAUGUCCAAGUCUUCUGAUGUCCCCUGUUUUAAAGACCAAGUGAAAAAUAGCAUUCAUCGUUUGUAAAUAUAAAAUCAGUGCAGGCGUGAAAA